AGACACACACACAAUGCAAAUUGUGCGAACACGAUACGGACUGUGUGUGUGUAUUCUGAGCUACAUGAGGGGAUUGUCCUGGGAUCCGGAGCUGCAAGGGCUUUUUGUAACAAUGCUUACACCUGUUUCAACGUCAUAACAAAACCUUACUGCGGCAGCCCUAACACUUCGUGGCGACGUCCCCGGGACCAUAACCAAAGACCGAAGACACUUUGCCAUAACAAAGUUAAACAAACGGAGACCGUAACAGUAACAGGGAAUCUUUCAAAUCGGAGAGCUGAAGCAUCUGCAAUUUUAAUGCGAUUUUGAUACAGUUCUACCAGGGAGUUUCUACUAUUAAAGUAUUGGUAUGCUUUCAGAAGAAUCGAGGGACCAAGUCGAGAAAGCAAAUAGUGACAGGAUCGAUAUGGCUGUUUUAGAGAUUAUAAGUGGGUUCUUCUCGCUAACCACCCUCUAUCUUACUGUUGCUACAAUCGUCAUAUUCUUCAUCUAUGAUUUCUGGACGCAUACAUACUUCAAACGGCUUGGUAUUCCAGGCCCACCUCCCAAACCGAUUUUUGGCAACGCAAUGGACUUUGGCAGGCCAAUCUUCGAAGUACUUGGAGAGUACAGUGAGAAAUAUGGUCCCGUUGUGGGUAUCUACAUGUUUAGACGACCGGUCCUAGUAAUUAGCGAUCUCCACAUGCUGCGAAACAUCAUGGUCAAGGACUUUCACAAGUUCUACAACAAAUUUCCUUUACCGCUAGGUUCUGGAUCUCUAGACACCGCCCUCUUCUUACUCAGAGAUGCCCAGUGGAAGAGAGUUCGUGACGUCAUGACACCAUCCUUCACGGGAAAGAAAAUGAAAAUGAUGUCUGAUAUAAUCAAUGAAUGUGCAGACACGAUGGUCGAGAAGCUACACAAGUCUUCUAAGGAUGGUGGGAACGUCGAAACACAGGAGUUGUUUGGGAGUUUCGUUAUGGACGCACUGGCAAGCUGUGCUUUCGGUCUGAAGGUCAACUCACAGAAGGACAAAAAUGACCCCUUCGUCAAGAACGCAGCGAAACUUUUCGAAAUUUCUUUCACGUCGCCGGUUUUCAUGGCUGUUUCUUUCAUGCCAUCCCUGCGGCCUAUCUUCGAGUUCUUCAACUUCACGCUUUUCCCGAAAGAUGUCAUCGAUUUCUUUCAUGACGUUACAGAGAAGACAGUUGCGAUGAGGGAAAGUCAACCAUCCGAACAGGGAAAAGACUUCCUGCAGCUUUUGAUUGACGCUAAAAAUGGAAAAGCCAAGAUGGUGAUCGAGAACGACGACGAUGACGUCCAUAACAAGUAUUUUAAAGACGCAGGAGCUGAGGAAAGCGUUUCGACCAAAACUAAGAAAUAUUUGACGAAGGAGGAACUAUUUGGGCAGUCCAUUAUAUUCCUUUCGGCUGGGUACGAGACUACUGCGACUCUUUUGACCUAUGCCUCCUACUUACUGGCCUCUAACCCUGACUGUCAAGACAAGCUCAUUGCCGAGAUUGAUGACGUCGUACCAAAACGUGAUGACGUCAGCUAUACGUCAAUCUCCAAGAUGCCUUAUUUGGAUCAGGUGGUGUGUGAGGUGCUGAGGAUAUACCCACCUGGAGUCCUAUCUGACCGGGAAUGUGGUGAGACGUGUACGUACAACGGUUGUAGGAUUGACAAGGGAAUUCAGAUUUGGAUACCAACAUACUCCAUUCAGCGAGACCAUACCCACUGGCCUGACCCUCUCAAGUUUGACCCAGACAGAUUCACCAAGGAGAAUCGUGAGGGUCGUAACCCAUUUACCUGGAUGCCUUUCGGUGCUGGUCCUCGUAUCUGUCUCGGAAUGAGAUUCGCACUCAUGGAGGCAAAGAUGGCGCUUGUCCGAUCUCUCCAAGAAGUUCGUUUUGAGAUUUCACCACUUACCAAGAUUCCACCACCUGUCGACAAUACUUCGCUCAUGUCAAAGAAAGAUAGCUACACACUCAAAGUUGUACAGCGUAAGUGAGGACCAACGAUGAUGCAGCCAGCGUAAUCAUGAACCUGCCCAAUUUAAGAUAUUAAAGAAUUUUCAACUGCGGGGAAAGGAAGUUAAACAUCAUGUUCCUUGCUUUUACCCUGUUCAUUUUGACUGAGAGUUAAAUCAUUAAAUUGAAAAUUUAAGUAAGAAUGUAUUGAAUAUAGGCCUAUCAUAAUAAGCCAAGGCAAAAUGUGAUUUUCUGAGCACUUUUUGAGCUUAUUCUUGUCACUGGUAGAUACAAUAAGAAUACACUUUAAAUGAAAAAAAAAGCUAAUUUGGUCCCUAAUCACAUUCCUCUCAGAGUGAGACGAGGGACCCUCAUUUUGGAGCGGGGUUUCCAUUUUUUUAGAAGUGGAUUUACCUGUUUCUGGAGUGCAAAUAUGUAAAAUAUACACUUUUCACUCCGGAAACAGCAAUAAUGCACUUUCAAAAGAUGUAAAUCCCACUCUAAAAUGACUGGUCCCUCGUCUCACUAUGAGAGUAAUGUGAAUAGGAAUCAGAUUAGCUCUUUUCCGUUUACAGUGCUACUCCCAGUCCACUUUAGAAGAAAUGUCGAUUAAAUGCCUUUGCACUACAUUGGCCAAUGUAGAAUAGUUGAAUUCCAAAAGACCGCACUCUUCUGUUGCUCAAAGAAAAGAGCAUUUAUUUACAGGAAUAUGGAAAAUAUACAUGCAUACUAAUGUAUUUUUUAUAUUAAUUUUUCAUGAAAAUUUUUUGAGACAAAUUCUGUAAUGAAAAAGAUUUGAUGGGAUAUUAAUGAUAACAUCUUAAACAAACUUGGACUGAAGACAAUUGAAAGAGACUCGACAAUUGUCAGAUAUAUAUUCAUUAUGUACAGUGGUAAAUGGAAUAAAAUGAAGAAUCAG